UGCACACACAACACAACACAACACAACAAUCUCAUGUUAACCCCAUUAGUUUCUUAAGAGACAAGAAAAACAAAGCUAUCUCAAAGGGCUAAACACAAGGGUGGUUGUUCUGUCCUGACUAAUACCAAAAUGGCUGUUUUGUUUGUCUUAUACCAAUGAUAGUAGAUACUAUAAAUAUAACUAUGGAUGCAGUUUCACUCACAUGCAAUACUAACAGAACACGAAAACUGAUGUAAAAAAAUAUCAGCAUAGAUAGGUAUAGCCUAUUGUCAGUGACUUUUCUCAUAUCUUUAGAUGAUGUAAAGUAAAACACUGCCUUUUUUCUGGGCUGAGGGUCAGCGUCCUCUCUCCACUAUGCUUGUCCUUUUGUCUAUUUGAUAUCAUUUUGUUUGUUGCUUUGUUUUCUUUUGUUUUUCUUCUACUGUUUUGUUCUUUUGUUCACCAAUUUUGUUUUUCCUUUGAAGAAAAACAGGUUUGAGUUGAGUUGCUUUUUAAUUUGGACAUAACCAUUUGUCUCAGUUGACGGGUGCAAUUGCAAAAUUGUUUUUAUUUCAGGGUGCUAAUUGUCAAAGCACAAAAAUUUAAGCACUUCUUUGAAUUUUUUGUUAACUAAUUAAUAUGGAAACUUAAUGACUACACAAUAUCAAAAGCAAUAAAUUAUCAAAUAAUUUUUUUGAUAAGUCUAUCCAUUUUGUGGACAGAUUUUGUAAAUAGAUAAAAAAGGAAAAGCUUAAAGGUAUUACAAUUAUUGUUUCAAAUGUGAAUAAUUUGUAAUUUUCAUUUAUUUAAUUUUGGGACCACCAAUUAAAGACAUGGGGUUCUUCAAUGCAGCACAAAAUGUGAAUCAAAAGCCAUUAGAGUCAGAUCCAACUCAACUAUUGAUUUGUCACAUUAGACAAAUGUACCAAUUAUGUAUUCGGUGCCCAUUAUGAAAAAAUGAAAUGAAAAUUACACUUUUCCCCAAAAAUCAGAGCAUGUCGCAUAAAAUACGAGUAAUAUUAAUAUAUCAUCAAAAUUUACAUAAUAAUAAUUUCAAUAUAACUCAGUUCAUACUCACGUGUCAUUGUCUUUUUUGGCCCAUAUAGUCAAAUUAUUGUACAAACUACAAACUCCUAGACAUGUAAAAAAAAACCUGAACUAGGUGGAAAACUGAAAACAUCACCACUUAAUUACCUUUACUUUUAUUUUGCAGUUUAAUCCCUAUAUUAGUGAUUAUUAUAAUACUUUGCAUGUAAAAGUAAAAAAAUUACUCAUGGCUUCUGUGUAUAAUGUAGAUAGACAUAAAUGUGGAUUAGAUUUAGAUUUUAUUUAUUUAUUUUACUUUUUGUAAAUUAAAUUUUGGAGAGGUUUUGGUAACAUAUUAUUGAAAUGGUUAAAGCUUGUUUUGCCGUCUAAAAAUUUCACCGUCGAAUUCGCCAUCCAUUACACGCUUCGUCGUUCCGUUAACCCAUCAACCCAACCAAAGCUUUCUUUUGCCAUCGACACCACACCAUACCCAUUUUCACAACAAAGACUUCUCUCUCUCUCUCUCUCUCUCUCUCUCUCUCUCUCUCUCUCUCUCUCAUGCCGCGUUUGGAAAGCGAGAAAGUUCUAGAAAAUUAAGCUUAAACACAACAAAGGUGGGAGGGAAAAAGAAAGAGGAUUUAUCCGAUUGGUUGCUGUGCCAAAGAUUUGGUUUUUAUUUUUGGGGUGAGGUUUCGACAUUUGUUGCUCCAACAGUGAUUUUGAGUGGUUUUGGGGGUGAAGGGAAUUUUAUGCCAUUCUGAUUCAAUUGUCGGUAUGGGGAUGAAACGCAUUUGGUUUUGAGGCCUCUGAUCGUCAGAUCAUGGCCUUAAAGCGGUGUCUUUGGAUCGAUUCUUUGUGGAUCUUUCAUACCCUGAAAGCUAUCCUCCACAUUCGUUGUUUCUUCUAAGCAGUACAAAGAAGAAAGAAAAAAACCUAAUUCGAGUCGAUCCGGAUCGUUGUUUCCGGAGAUGGCCGCUCAAAGAUCAGCUGUUCAUUCUUCUUUACACAUUGAAUCUGCGUUUAGCUCACCUGCGUCGCGAACGGGGAAUGCAGCAAAUUCUAUUCAAGAAGUGAGUCUUGCUGAUCGGGGCACGAAGCAUGUCAGGUAUGGGUCGAGAGCCGCUGAUUCGGAAAUGUUCAGUAUUUCACAAAGAGAGAUCAUUGAUGAAGAUUCGAGGUUGAUCUAUUUAAAUGAUCCUGGGAAGACCAAUGAAAGGUUUGAGUUUUGUACGAAUUCGAUUAGGACAGGAAAGUAUUCAAUCCUCACAUUUCUACCCAGAAAUUUGUUUGAACAGUUUCAUAGAGUCGCAUACAUAUACUUUCUUGUGAUAGCUGUGCUCAAUCAGCUACCCCAAUUGGCCGUUUUUGGCCGGGGAGCUUCUAUAAUGCCUUUAGCAUUUGUUUUGCUAGUUACUACAGUUAAGGAUGCAUAUGAAGAUUAUAGGCGACAUCGGUCUGAUCGAAUUGAGAACAAUCGGUUAGCUUUAGUUUUAAUUAAUAAUCAUUUCCAACCAAAGAAAUGGAAGGAUAUUCAAGUUGGAGAAAUCAUCAAAGUUCUGGCCAAUGAAACUAUCCCUUGUGAUAUGGUUCUGCUUUCAACUAGUGAUCCAAGUGGGGUCGCAUAUGUGCAGACAAUCAAUUUGGAUGGGGAGUCGAAUUUGAAGACUCGGUAUGCAAAACAAGAAACACUCUCGAAGUAUCCAGAGGAGGAGAAGGUUGAAGGGGUGAUUAGAUGUGAGAUACCGAAUAGGAAUAUAUAUGGGUUCCAGGCAAAUUUGGAAAUUGAUGGGAGAAAACUUUCUUUAGGACCCUCCAAUGUUCUUCUUCGAGGUUGUGAGCUCAAGAACACUGGCUGGGCCAUUGGGGUUGCAGUGUAUGCUGGUCGAGAGACAAAAGCUAUGCUUAAUAGCUCUGGAGCUUCAUGCAAGAGGAGCAGGCUUGAGAGCCGUAUGAACUUUGAGAUCAUCAUUCUUUCUUUAGUUCUUAUUGCUUUGUGUACAGUUGUCUCUGUUUGUGCUGCUGUUUGGUUGAAGCGUGAGAAGGAUGUAUUGAACUACUUACCGUUUUACAGAAAAAAAGAUUUUUCAUUGGGAAAAGUGAUGGGGAAAGUGAGAGACUAUAACUACUAUGGAUGGGGUUUGGAGAUAAUUUUCACUUUCCUCAUGUCUGUUAUUGUCUUCCAGAUUAUGAUCCCCAUUUCUCUGUACAUUUCCAUGGAACUUGUUCGGGUUGGACAGGCUUAUUUUAUGAUUGGGGAUACACAGCUGUAUGAUGAGGCCUCAAAUUCAAGAUUUCAGUGUAGAGCUUUGAACAUAAAUGAAGAUUUAGGGCAAAUUAAGUAUGUGUUUUCAGAUAAAACGGGUACCCUUACAGAGAACAAAAUGGAGUUUAAAUGUGCUAGCAUUGGGGGGGUAGAUUACAGUGGUGGAAAAGUUGUUUCAGAAAGGGAGCAGGGUUACUCAGUGCAAGUUGAUGGGAGUAUUUUGAGGCCAAAGAUGAAGGUGAAUGUUGACCCAGAGCUUCUUCAACUACUAAAGAGCGGAAGGAAUACAAACAAUGGAAAACAAGUCCACGAUUUUUUUCUUGCAUUGGCAGCUUGCAACGCAAUUGUUCCUCUUGUUACAGAUACACCUGAUCCUAGAGUUAAGUUGAUAGAUUACCAAGGAGAGUCUCCUGAUGAACAAGCGUUGGUUUAUGCUGCUGCAACCUAUGGUUUUAUGCUUGUUGAAAGAACUUCAGGCCAUAUAGUUAUUGACAUCCAAGGACAAAGGCAAAGGUUCAAUGUUUUGGGUUUACAUGAGUUUGAUAGUGAUCGUAAGAGAAUGUCAGUAAUACUCGGGUGCCCAGAUAAAACUGUAAAAGUUUUUGUAAAAGGUGCUGAUACAACAAUGCUAAGUGUAAUUGAUGAAUCGGUCAACACAAACUUAAUGCAUAUUACAGAAGCUCAUCUCCUUGCUUACUCUUCAGUGGGUUUAAGAACACUUGUUGUUGGAAUGCGUGAACUGUCUCCUUUAGAAUUUGAGGAGUGGCACUCUUCAUUUGAGGCAGCAAGCACAGCUUUGAGCGGUCGGGCUGCUGCGCUACGCAAGGUUGCUGGCAACAUAGAAACCAAUCUCUGCAUAUUGGGUGCCUCUGGAAUUGAAGAUAAACUGCAAAGCGGGGUGCCUGAAGCUAUAGAGUCUCUGAGAACAGCUGGGAUUAAAGUGUGGGUUUUGACAGGUGACAAGCAAGAAACUGCCAUAUCGAUUGGAUACUCUUCAAAGCUCCUGACUCCCAUGAUGACCCAACAUGUUAUUAAUUGUAACUCCUGGGAAUCUUGUAGAACGCGUUUACAAGAAGCAACAGAAGGAAUUUCGGGAAAUGCUUUAACUUCAGCGGCCUUGAUUGUUGAUGGAACCAGCCUUUGUUAUAUUCUUGACAGUGAUCUUGAAGAACAGCUCUUUUGGUUGGCGAGUAAAUGUUCAGUGGUGCUAUGUUGCCGAGUAGCUCCACUGCAAAAAGCUGGAAUUGUUGAUCUUGUAAAGAGUAGGACUGCGGACAUGACACUGGCAAUUGGAGAUGGUGCUAAUGAUGUGUCAAUGAUCCAAAUGGCUGAUGUUGGAGUUGGCAUCAGUGGCCAAGAGGGUCGGCAAGCUGUGAUGGCAUCAGAUUUUGCAAUGGGGCAAUUCAGGUUCUUGGUUCCCCUUUUAUUGGUUCAUGGACAUUGGAAUUACCAAAGAAUGGGAUACGCAAUUUUAUACAAUUUUUACAGGAAUGCGGUGUUUGUUUUUGUUUUAUUUUGGUAUGUACUUUUUACAUCUUUCACUUUGACGACUGCAAUUACUGAGUGGAGCAGCGUAUUGUAUUCUGUACUCUAUACUUCACUACCAACUAUUGUUGUUGGAAUUCUUGACAAGGACCUAAGCAGAAAAACACUUCUAAAGUAUCCUCAGCUCUAUGGAGCUGGUCACAGAAAAGAAUGCUACAAUUCAAAAUUGUUUUGGUUAACAAUGAUGGACACAUUGUGGCAAAGUUUAGUAGCCUUCUUUAUACCUCUUCUUGCAUACUGGGAAAGCACCCUAGAUGCAUCCAGUAUAGGAGAUCUCUGGACAAUUGCUGUGGUAAUUUUGGUUAAUUUACACUUGGCCAUGGAUGUUAUUCGGUGGACUUGGAUUACUCAUGCAGCCAUUUGGGGAUCUAUUGUUGCCUCCUGGAUAUGUGUUACUGUCAUCGAUGCUUUUCCUUCAUUAGUUGGUUACUGGGCGAUCUUUCACGUUGCAAGGACCGGAUUGUUUUGGUUGUGUUUGCUUGCGAUUGUUGUAGUCGCUCUUCUUCCUCGGUUUGUCGUAAAAUUUCUUUACCAGUACUACUGUCCUUGUGACGUUCAGAUUGCCAGGGAAGCUGAGAAGUUUGGCGGUCCAAGAGAUUUAGGAGGUGUACAAAAAGAAUUGGAUCCAAUAUUGGAUCAUCAACAGAGAUGACAAGGUGAUUUUACGAUUUUUUUUUCCUUUAAUCAAAUCCUUGUUUUCCUUUUUCUUCUCUUUCCUAUAGCGCUUUAUUCUUUGGGCUGCUCUUGAGUUCUCCUCCUGGUUGCCAAAAUUUCAUUAUAUUGCUAUCCGAAGGAUAGAGUUCCCAAUACUAGGCUUGUAUUUAACUUUGUUGUAAUUCUCAUAAUUAAUGUAAAUUAGUUUAAGAAAGAAAGAAAGAAAGAAAGAAAAAAGAAUAGAGAAGGGAAUGAUUUUACUAUUGUUAUAUGAAAAUGAAAGCACUCAGAUGAUUCAGAUUAUGCUUCAGUGUUGCUAUAAAAGCACUAUACAUCAUUGCCAGUGAUUUUGUAAAUGUAAGUUGAAGCUGGUAUUCGGUCAAAACUCACAUCUUUUCUAGUUAUUAGUAAGUAACGUGCAUUCUGCUGUUUGGCAGUUCCCAUAUUAUGUUCUUUAAUCAAAAUGAGAAAUAAAAACAAAACUGUAUUAUUUUA